AUGUCCGACCAUUGGGGGCAGAGAGUCCUCGUUCACGAGCCACAAGCCCAUCGGACUCUCCUUCUGUCCCAGAUCCCCUGUCCAAAAGACGGAGGUUUUCUCGCGGAGGGGCUGGCCAGGGUUUCCAGCCCGUGCGUUCAGUGGCCGCUGUGUUUCCUCCCCCCACGUUCAGGGGGUCGGUUGCGAGGGAAUGUGGGAGAGUACGUCUCUCUGCAGAGAGAGAACAUCUUUCUACAUCCACGCAUGCCGCCCCUAGUGUGUCCGCUAGAUGGCGCCAUUGCAUCGCAAAGGAGCCAACAGAGCGUAUGCGAGGAUUUCGGCGCUUCACUGGCCCCGGUGGGGACGCUCGCGAAUUACGAGUCCGCCUGGCAGACUGUUGCGCCUCCAGAGUGGGCGAGCUUGGCUCCCCUGAGAAUGUCAGGUCUGCGGAUUUUGACAUACAUAGACGAUUGGCUCAUCGUGGCCGAAUCGGAAGAGAAAGUGCUGCGGGACACCUGCAGCGUGCUUACACACAUCACAUCUCUCGGGUUCAGGGUGAAUGUGACCAAAAGCAAUUUUACACCCAGCCAGAGUGUGAUUUUCCUGGGCUUGGAGCUGAGCUCGGUCUCCAUGCGAGCGCGUCUCUCCCAGGAGCGCGUCCUCUCUCUAAUGAGCUGCGUGUCGCAGUUCAGAGAGGGGGCGAGACCUGGUACGCGAUCUCUGCCGCUCUGUGACAGUGACGCGCGCCUGCACGGCAGCUCUUCGCCACUGGAGAGACGCGGACUUUUACACACAGGGGACCCGUUUGGGAACGGUAGUGAUGCGGAAAGUUGUGACGACAGAUGUGUCCCUAAUAGGCUGGGGUGCCACCCAGGAGGGCAGAGUGGUGAACGGACAUCAUGUGCUCGUACGCUGCGACAAUACCACAGCAGUCGCGUAUAUCAAUCGGCAGGGCGGCUUACGCUCACCGAAACUUCACGCUCUAGCUCACAAGCUUUUGGUGUGGAGCGGACGGUUUUUCCUGUCGUUACGCGCGACUCAUGUUCCAGGUAUUCUGAACAGAGGUGCGGACCUUCUGUCGAGGGGGAACCCACUCUACGGAGAUUGGCGCCUCCACCCUCAGAUAGUGGGCAUGAUAUGGAGAAGAUUCGGACAGGCAACCGUAGAUCUAUUCGCCUCGCGCGAAAACAACCAUUGUCCUAUGUUCUUCUCGCUAAAGGACUCGGACGCGCCCCUCGGGGUGGACGCACUGGCCCACCCAUGGCCCAAGCUGCUGCUGUAUGCUUUUCCUCCUCUGUGCCUGAUAAUUCCCACACUGGCCAGAGUGAGAGAGAAGGGCCUGUCUCUCCUUCUAAUAGCUCCCAGGUGGCCCAAAGCACCGUGGCUGGCAGAGAUAAUCCCUCUGUUAUACGCCCAGCCGUGGCGCCUCCCCCUCCGCACAGACCUAUUGUCUCAGGCGAACGGGGAAAUUUAUCACCCACACCCGGACAGGGUGGCUCUCUGGGUCUGGCCCGUGAGAAGUCAAACUUAAACGCGCUGGGGCUUCACCCGCGUGUGGUUGCCACUAUACAAAAUGCCAGGGCCGUUUCUACACGGUCCUUGUAUGGUUGUAAGUGGCAAGUGUUUGAAGAGUGGUGUGAUGGGCGCAGUCUCACAUCAUAUCAGUGCUCAGUUCCUGAUAUUUUGUGUUUCUUACAGGACCUUAUGGAUAAAGGCAGGUCUUUUUCCACAAUUAAGGUCUACCUGGCAGCUAUUUCUGCCUGUCAUGUGGGCUUUGAGGGCUCAACAGUCGGGCAGAAUCCUUUAAUCCGCAGAUUUAUGAAGGGUGCCCGUCGCUCCUUGCCAGUCAUCAGGAGAACCGUCCCUGAAUGGGACCUCUCCUUGGUGCUGGAGGCCCUGUCUCAGUAUCCCUUUGAGCCCCUGGGAGGUAUUUCCUUGAAGCUGUUGUCUUUCAAGACGGCUUUGCUCUUGGCCUUGGUAUCAGCCAAACGUGUCAGUGAGCUACAUGCACUCUCAAUACAUCCCUCGUGCACGAAAUUCUCUUUGAGUGGAGAUAAGGUUUUUCUUAAGCCUAACCCGGCUUUUAUGCCUAAAUGUUUCCCUGCGUUCACUUCGGAGGUGUUGGAGCUGUCCGCUUUUCACCCUCCGCCUUUUUCCUCUGCGGAGGAUCAGAGGCUGAAUGCUCUGUGUCCUGUUCGUGCAUUACAGGCAUAUAUGUCCAAGACCAGUGCUUUCCGGAAGAGCGACCAGCUCUUUAUUUCGUGGGCACCCCCUCAUAAGGGGAGUCCCAUAUCUAAACAGCGCCUCUCACAUUGGCUUGUGAACGCUAUAGCAGUUGCAUAUGUAUCAAGGGGAGUGCAGCCCCCAGGUACCAUCAGAGCUCAUUCCACGAGGGGCUUAGCUGCCUCUUGGGCUUUGUUCAGGGGAGUAUCACUGCAGGACAUCUGCUCUGCAGCCAGCUGGGCUUCUCCCCAUACGUUUGUGCGUUACUACCGAUUGGAUGUCACCAAAACCUCGGUAGCACAUUCUGUUUUAGGAGUGGGGUCUUCAUAGCCCCUCCUUGUUAUAUUCCUUCACCUCCUGUUUACACAUUGUUAUGGUAACGAGGGUUGAACGGGCCGGUGGGCCGUGCGCAUUCAUGUCACCAAGCAUGCAUUCACAUUCCGGCCUGGGUGGUAUAUAUGUGUUGCUGGGUUAAUUACAUGUGUGUGCCUCAUACAUGUUCCUGUCCUGUAUGUGCGCAGCAGCUAUGCGUGCGCAUCAGGGCUGCCAGGGACAUAAUUAUGGGACGUGUCAUGCACCGCCCCUUUGGGGGUGACCGUCUUUUCUGGCUUUCAGAACCUCACUGUGAGUGUAUUGGGCAAUCGGGGAGCUGUCCAUGUCUCUCCCAUAGGUGGAUCUCGAAACGAGAUGAUGAAAGAGAACAAUAGGUUACUGUCGUAACCCCGGUUCUCUGAAACAUCGAGUGGAGAGAUCCACCAGCUUUGCCCCGCUUGCUGCACGAGAAGCGAAUAUACUUACUGAGGAACAGCAGCGCAAGCAGACCUUAUAUUCGCUCAGGUAAGGGGGUGGGGCCUUACCUGGCAUUGGCUGCGCGCUUCUGUCUGUCUAGCCAGACUUGGUGCAAUUAGAUGCUUCUGCAGAGGUCAGGUACGGAUGCCCUUCCCAUAGGUGGAUCUCUCCACUCGAUGUUUCAGAGAACCGGGGUUACGAAAGUAACCUAUUGUUACCAGUCCACUCAGCCUGCCUGUCAUGGCUUUCGCUCCAUCAGUACAAAUGCCCACACAAUUUGUCCACUGAAGUCCAUGUGAUGUUACAAAGCCAUCUAAAACUUUGAAAAUCUCCUCUCCAGUUGCUCUGCCUUCCAACGGUUUGCAAAAAAGUAUCUCUUCCAUAACUGAACCAUCAUAAAUAUACCGGGCAUAUGCCAGCAGCUGAGCCAAAACAGCUACAUCCGUUGAUUCAUCGAUUUGUAAAGCGUAGUUUAAAAAGGUCUUCAGCCAUAUCAGCGAUGCGACGUGAAACUGUGUUGUCU